AUGGUGGAUUGCAUUAUUCUACUUGGCAUCGAAUUCAUGCUAAUAGCAUGAGAUGCUGUAAAAUGAGUGAAUUAUCAUUUAAGAAGCUGGUAUUGUGGGACGUUUGUCAGGAAAUUUUCUCUUGGCACUAUCAUUUUUCUAUCAAAGUUCUAUCUGUGUAAGAGAGAUGCACUUCAACAGAGAAACGGAGCAUCUAUUUUAUACAGGAUUACGCUUCUAAUUCAAACACUUACUCCUCUUUGUAGGGUUCCAUCAGGAAGAUUCUGUCUCUUCCUAGAGCUUCUCUGGUUUGUCAGCGUUACCUUCAUUCACCAGGUUCUGCUUCCAGAUCAUUCAGCUCUCAGGCUGCAGCUCCAGGAAGCCCUCAGCCUCCGCCCCCACCACCGCCUCCUGAGAAAACGCACUUUGGGGGCCUGAAAGAUGAGGAUCGCAUUUUCACCAACCUAUAUGGCAUGCAUGAUCCUUUCCUCAAAGGUGCUAUGAAACGUGGUGACUGGCACAGAACCAAGGAUCUGGUGCUGAAAGGUGCUGACUGGAUUGUCAAUGAAAUGAAGAAGUCCGGUCUCCGUGGCCGUGGUGGUGCUGGCUUUCCAUCUGGUCUGAAGUGGUCAUUUAUGCCCAAGGUUUCUGAUGGGCGCCCAUCUUAUCUUGUGGUCAAUGCUGACGAGAGUGAACCGGGAACCUGCAAAGACAGAGAAAUCAUGCGCCAUGACCCACACAAGCUGCUUGAGGGUUGCCUAAUCGCAGGCGUUGGGAUGCGUGCAACGGCAGCUUACAUCUACAUUAGGGGUGAGUAUGUAAAUGAGCGAUUAAAUCUUGAGAAGGCCAGAAAGGAAGCUUACAAAGCCGGCCUUCUUGGGAAGAAUGCAUGUGGAUCUGGGUACGACUUUGAUGUGCACAUUCACUAUGGUGCUGGUGCCUAUAUCUGCGGUGAAGAAACAGCACUGCUGGAGAGCCUUGAAGGGAAGCAAGGGAAACCAAGGCUGAAGCCCCCUUUUCCUGCUAACUCUGGCUUAUAUGGUUGCCCAACGACAGUCACGAAUGUGGAAACUGUGGCCGUGUCUCCUACAAUUCUAAGGAGGGGACCUGAAUGGUUUUCUAGUUUUGGCCGGAAGAAUAAUUCAGGGACGAAGCUAUUUUGUAUUUCCGGCCAUGUAAACAAGCCUUGCACUGUGGAAGAGGAGAUGAGUAUUCCGUUGAAAGAGUUGAUAGAGAGGCACUGUGGAGGGGUUAGAGGUGGGUGGGACAAUCUGCUGGCGGUUAUACCAGGAGGAUCUUCUGUUCCUCUCUUACCCAAACAGAUAUGUGAUGAUGUGUUAAUGGACUAUGAUGCAUUGAAGGCCGUGCAGUCAGGGUUGGGGACUGCUGCUGUCAUUGUGAUGGAUAAAUCCACGGAUGUGGUGGAUGCAAUCGCAAGACUUUCUUACUUUUACAAACAUGAGAGCUGUGGGCAGUGCACUCCAUGCAGAGAGGGAACCGGAUGGCUGUGGAUGAUCAUGGAGAGGCUGAAGGUGGGUAAUGCAAAGCUUGAGGAGAUUGAUAUGCUUCAGGAGGUCACCAAGCAGAUCGAAGGCCAUACAAUUUGUGCAUUAGGAGAUGCAGCUGCAUGGCCAGUGCAAGGGCUGAUCAGGCAUUUUAGGCCAGAAUUAGAGAAGAGGAUCCGGGAACGUGCACAGAAAGAGUUGCUGGAAGCUGCUGUUGCAUGA